AUGGCAGAAACCCCAGCAGAGCCUCAGGUAAAGCCUGCAGAAGGACUUUUAAUUAUCUCCUGAAAUGUUUAUGCUGAUCCUAGGUGAUGUCAGAUCAAUGUGUUGGCCUGCCAAAGGCUUAACACUUUCUACUUAUUGCAUCAGUUUUUUUUUGGGGGGGGGAUGUUGGAGCAAGCUCUCAAUUUUCCUACGUCUCAUACUAUACAUUUCAAGUUGAAUAGAGGAGUAUCUUCCUGUUAUUAAUGUGCUAUUUAAGGUAUGUAGAGGACAAGAUAGGUUAUAAGAUGGUCAAAGGUGUCAAAUUAGUCUUAAAUGAAGCAGAAAUGUGUAUCAUGAUAAGCCUGAUAUGAAACUGACUCAUUCAAUUGUAUUUAGAUUGACUGUGAGCUGCAGCCCCUGUCUAAUACCCUUUCUGAGCCCCAGCCCCAACUCUAUCCUCUCUAUGAGCCCCAGCCCCUAACCCAGCAUGAUACCCUUCCCCAGCCUUUGCCCCAGCUCCUACCCCAGCCUCAGCCAGAUACCCUUCCUGAGCCCCAGCUCCUACCACAGCCUGAUACCCUUCCCCAGCCUUUGCCCCAGCCCCUACCCCAGCCAGAUACCCUUCCUGAGCCCCUACCCCAGCCUGAUACCCUUCCCGAGCCCCAGCCCCAGUCUGAAGAGGAGGUGAAGCCCUGGGUGUGGACACGUCACCGCAGACCCCUUCUCUUCCUCCUGGGAUCCUCCUUCUGCGCCUCCAUACUGGGCCUGGCCUACUACUCCCAGCAGCACCUCCCACCAAAGAGCACACCGCCAGCCUCUCCUCCAUGUACCUCCCCGGCUUGUCAGAGGGCAGCCGCCCGUCUGUCCGUCUCAGUCGACCCCUUCUCUCAGCCCUGUGACUACUUCCUGUUUGCCUGUGGGUCUGAAGAUGCGUCUCUGUCCACCAGGGGGAGACAGAGGGGCAAGGGCGUCCCCCUACACCCACAGGGCCACAAGAGCAGGGAAGCAGAGAAAGAGAGACGAAAAGGGAGGAAGGAGAGAGAGACAGACACGGACAGAAGAGAAAAGGCUCCAGCAGACAGAAUGCCAGACAGACAGACUGCACUACUGCUGACAAUGAGGGAGAUUCUGGGUGAGAAUUUAAAAAAAAUGCUCUGUUUAUCCUCUGUAGAUGUUGUACCAGUUCUUUGGGAUAACCAUUUAAAUAGAACUGCUGAAAACAUUUCCAUAACAGGACCUUUUAUCCUCACAAUGAAACUUUGAUAUAAUCUUCCUCUGUGGAAGCUGAGGACCGCUCCAUCCCGGGAAACUCAGCGAAGCAGAAGGCCUGUAUGUUCUACCGUUCCUGUAUGGACACUGGCCCCACAGAGACCGCCGGACCAGAACCCUUCCUCAGGCUAGUCCACAAGGUCAGAUCACUCGAAUAGAUUGGUGGUGUAUGGUGACGAAUUACACUUUCUCUACUCUACUGGUAAAAACGAUUUACCUCUCUCCUCUUCUCUCUCUCUACCCCUCUACCCCCCCCCCCCCCCCUUUCUCUAGCUGGGUGGCUGGGCUGUAUCAGGCCGGUGGAACCAGACAAAUUUCAACUCCACUCUAUCUCUACUGAUGAGAGACUAUGCCACCUUCCCAUUCUUUAGUGUUUAUGUGGGCAAGGAUCCUAACGACACUCAAGCAGACAAGAGAUACAUACAGGUCAGUUAGACAGGGGUUCUGGGGCAGUGAAAUACCUAAUGGGUGUACUACAGUAUAUACUCAACCCAUCCCCUAUACAUUUAUAGGAUACACUCUUUUUCCAUAGAUUGAUCAGCCGGAUUUUCAGAUACCUAUUGAAUGGAGCAGCAAGACUCAGAAGUCCAAAGCUAACACGCAGGUACACUAAGGCUAUAUCUGUUCUACAGUAUAUCAUCUAUCUCUUGAUGGCAACAUUUGGCUUUCUUUCUCUCAUCCCCUCUGUUCCCUCUCUUUAUUUCUCUCGUUUCCCCCCAGAUCCUGCGUCCGUUCCUGGCCUCGUAUCAGAGGUUGCUGGCCCUGUUGGGCUUUCCCUCCAGCAGCACCGGUCUCCAUGUAGGCCUGUUCAUCUCUCUGUCCUCUGAACUGGCUGUAGCUGCCUCUCCUCUGCAGCAUCGCCUGCAGCAGGGGCUACUGUACCAACGCAUCACCAUCAAAGAGCUACAGGUGCGGGUGUAUGUGUAUGUACGUAUGUGUGUGGGUCUCUAGUUCUCUCUCUCUGUACCCUAACCUUCCCCUUCACUAACUCAUAGACCUACUGUAUUUGUGUGCCUGUAUUUCCCUAUACAGAAUGCAUCUUUCUUAUUUUGUGCACAGACCCUGUCCCCUGCCAUUGAUUGGCUGGGCUGUCUACAGGCCACCUUCCAUCCCCACCCUGUUAGCCAAUCGGAUCACGUCCUCCUGCACAACCUCCCUUACAUCGUCCACAUGUCCCGCAUCAUCGACAAAUGGCUGAACAAGCAUGAAUUGAGUGGCAGGUACUUUAUAUCAAUCAAAAAUGUCAUGCAAAAGACAGUAACCGAUACAACAAACCUAGGUAUCAAACCUGGUUGAAGGUUUCUCAUCACACAAACUACCUCUGUUACUUACAGCAUGGUAUACUGUAUAGUAAUCAGUACACAUUUGUCUGGUGCCUGUUCAUCUCUCUGGUUAGUGGCCCUCUUCACACCUUCAUGGUCCUCAGUCUCCUCCACACUGUCAUACCCGCUCUGGACUCCAGGUUCACUCAGACAGAGAGACAUUUCUCCUUAGCUCUGGGGACUACAGGGGAGGUAACUGAAAUAUGGACUACAUUUCCCAGCUUGCUCUUGUAGUUGAAUAACACUGGCUUGGAGUGAUUAUAUUGUCUGGGACUUGUAGUUCAUUGCUUUUUGCUUCUCUCAGGAUGUCCCUCGCUGGAGGCAAUGUGUUCUGCAGACUGAGAAAGGGUUUGACACGGUACUAACACACCUACUGAGAGAGACCACUGCAUACACAGAGGUGAGAGGCACAGUGUGUGUGUGUGUGUGUGUGUGUGUGUGUGUGUGUGUGUGUGUGUGUGUGUGUGUGUGUGUGUGUGUGUGUGUGUGUGUGCAUAGAGAAAGCAAAGACAGAAGGAUGAAGGCUGCAAUGAAAUGUAUGAUGAAGAAUAGCAGCAACAAAAUAUCAAUUGAAAAAGUAAAUUGUGUCCUAUACCUAAUUGUCAUGGUGAACUGCUACAGAACUAAAGAAAUAUGGGAUCUGAUGAGAAGUAUUGUUUUUGAUGUAUGUAUAAAUCCCAAGUCUGUCUUUCACGGUGUCUUCAAUACUCAUAUGGAUGACAUUACUGAAGAAUUAUGGUGGACAAUAAUAAGCAUUGACAUUACUAAAGAAUUAAGGUGAACAGUAACAUUUGGAAGACAAGAUGCAUUAUGACUAUGAAACAACUUUUUGAUUGAACACUAUUUAUAUUUUUAACAAAUCAAAACAGAACAGAACUAAAAUAAAUAAGAUGGACUCCAAAAACUCCCAUGGACUAUUAAAUCUGUAAAUCAUGUUAUGUAAUUAUGAACUCAAAUGUAUUGAUGAAUUGUAUGUGAACAACACUACAUGACCAAAAGUAUGUGGACACCUGCUUGUCGAACAUUACAUUUACAUUUUACAUUUUAGUCAUUUAGCAGACGCUCUUAUCCAGAGCGACUUACAGUUAGUGAGUGCAUACAUGUUUUUUUGUUUGUAAAUUUUUUUCAUACUGGCCCCCCCGUGGGAAACUAACCCACAUCCCUGCCGGCCAAACCCUCCUCUACCAAUUGUGCGCCGCCCAUGGGUCUCCCGGUCGCGGCCGGCUGCGACAGAGCCUGGACUCGAACCAGGAUCUCUAGUGGCACAGCUAGCACUGCGAUGCAGUGCCUUAGACCACUGCGCCACUAGGGAACAUCUCAUUCCAAAAUCAUGGGCAUUAAUAUGGAGUUGGUCCCCCCUUUGCUGCUAUAAUAGCAUCCACUCUUCUGGGAAGGCUUUCCCCUAGAUGUUGGAACAUUGCUGUGGGGACAUUGCUUCCAUUCAGCCACAAGAGCAUUAGUGAGGUUGGGCACUGAUGUUGGGCGAUUAGGCCUGGCUCGCGGUCGGCGUUCCAAUUCAUUCCAAAGGUGUUUGAUGGGGUUGAGGUCAGGGUUCUGUGCAGGCCAGUCAAGUUCUUCCACACCGAUCUCGACAAACCAUUUCUGUGUGGACCUUGCUUUGUGCACAGGGGCAUUGUCAUGCUGAAACAGGAAAGGGCCUUCCCCAAACUGUUGCCACAAAGUUGGAAACACAGAAUCGUAUAGAAUGUAAUUGUAUGCUGUAGCAUUAAGAUUUCCCUUCACUGGAACUAAGGGGCCUAUUCCUCCUCCACCAAACUUUACAGUUGGCACUAUGCAUUCGGGCAGGUAGCGUUCUGCUGGCAUCUGCCAAACCCAGAUUUGUCCGCCGGACUGCCAGAUGGUAAAGCGUGAUUCAUCACUCCAGAGAACGCAUUUCCACUGCUCCAGAGUCCAAUAGCAGCGAGCUUUACACCACUCCAGCUGACGCUUGACAUUGCGCAUGGUGAUCUUAGGCUUGUGUGGCUGCUCGGCCAUGGAAACCCAUUUCAUGACACUCCCGACAAACAGUUAUUGUGCUGACGUUGCUUCCAGAGGCAGUUUGGAACUUGGUAGUGAGUGUUGCAACUGAGGACAGACAAUUUUUACGCGUUACGCGUUUCAACACUCGGCGGUUGAAUCCACUAAUUUGAAAGGGUGUCCACAUACGUUUGGCUACGUAGUGUAUUUAUGAUUCUCAAAUGUGAAAAACCUCAAGAAAAAUUAUUUUUAGCAAAGAAAUACAAGAAAACUACUUCAUAAAUAUGAUAUUACAUUAUAAGUGUGUUUAAAUUGUAUUAUCUGUUUCCUCUAGGCAGAGGAGCUGAUUCAGAAUAUAUAUUCCUCCAUCAAGUCCAAACUACCUGAUCUCAGGUGGAGAGAUGAGGAGACUCGCAUGUCUGUUUUGAACAAGGUAAAAGGUAAACAGUGGAUGUAAUUUACUGAAACACUUAUUUAAAAACAACUGUGUAUUCAUUGUCCACUUGAAAUGUACAAUCUGUGUUUUCCCAGAUUCGGUCUCUAACUCCAAGACUUUCAACUAAAAACUACAUUUUCAGUGAAGCUGAACUCAACCAACUGUAUUCAAAGGUAGAGUAUAUUAUUGAGAGUGGAACUAGUCUACAUUGCCAAUAAGAAAUAGAAUUUCUUAAUCAAUAUCACUAAUGAAUCAUAUUACCAGUGUUGAUAAUACAUUGUACUAUAUACAUACUGGUAGUUCAUUUUCCACAAUUUAUUUUAUUCAUAGGUGACAAUUGACGAACAAAACUAUUUUUCCAACUACAUCCAGUCUCUUUCCCUCCAGCACCAGCGACCAAGCAAACUAUUUUCCCAGACUGAAGGAGAUGAUAUGUGAGAGCCCAGUUGUCAUGAAAAGUCUAUGUGAUUUGGUUUGGGUAGAUAUGUGUUAUUAAUACGUGAAUAUGAAAAUUGAGAACUCUCUCUCGCCCUCUCUGUCUCUGUCUCUCUCUCUCUCGCCAUCUUCUCCUCCAGUUGGUCCAUCACUCCAUUUCUCUCCGGCAAUGAGCUUGUCUUUCCGAUGGGGAUGUUUGUCCAGCCUCUCUUCCACCCUACCUAUCCCAGGUAACCCAAACGGAUAUGUUUACUAUCACAUAAUAAACUAUUAAUAACCAAGGAGUCUUAUUGAGAUAAAGAAUCUCAUUCCCCAAAGAGACGUGUUUUGUGGAGUAUUUGCAUGUUUUUGUGUCAGGGCCGUCAACUUUGGGGUUUUGGGGUCUUUGAUGGCCAAAGAUAUUCUCCAUCUCCUUCUACCCAACAGUAAGGCAAAUAGUCUCAAUGAUUUACUCUCUGAUUGUAAUGCAGUUCAUUAAAUUAUGUGCAGAGUUUGCAUUUUGCACACGUUUAUUUAUGUGUGUGUGUACGUGCGUGCAUGCGUGUGUGUGUGUAGGUUUAUGCAUGAUGCAUGUGUGUGUGCCCUGACCGUUCACCCUGUGCUUUAGUCCAUUCUCAGAGUGUGUCUCCCAGGUCCAUAGGAGAGUGUGUGUGGUCCCAGUACCUGGGUGUGACAGAGGGACCAGGGAGAGUGGGGGCGUUCUCGCUGUCACCGGCACAGCAGCAGGAGAUGUGGGUGCAGUACUCUGCCCUGCAGAUUGCGCUACAGGUCAGUUUAUUGGAAUUCCAAAUCUAUUCUAGGGUAUCUAGGCUAUUUACAUUUCAGCACCUCAGUUGUUUUGGUUGGUAUCAGAGGCAUACUAUGUUUUGGUUGGUAUCAGAGGCAUACUAUGUUUUGGUUGGUAUCAGAGGCAUCCUAUGUUUUGGUUGGUAUUAGAGGCAUACUGUUUUGGUUGGUAUCAGAGGCAUACUAUGUUUUGGUUGGUAUCAGAGGCAUACUAUGUUUUGGUUGGUAUUAGAGGCAUACUGUUUUGGUUGGUAUCAGAGGCAUACUAUGUUUUGGUUGGUAUCAGAGGCAUGCUAUGUUUGUCAAAGCUUUCUCUACUUAUUCCUCCUCUUUAUCCCCUUUACUCUCUGUGUCUCUAUUUCUCUGUGUCUCAGGCUUACAAUCAGAGUUUGAAGAAAUAUCCUGGGGACUCCUCUCUCUCAGGCCUCUCUCACACUCAUCUGUUCCUUACUUCAUUCACUCAGGUAAGGAUAACAGAACAGUAACAGAACAAUAAUUGCAGAUGCCUAAAAUCAUCACUUUACCAUGGAUAUGAAUGUCCUACUAAUGGACGUUUUCUUUCCUAUAAUUGUAUUGAUAUUAUCUUCUUUCAGAUUAACUGCGACUCUGACCCGUACCAUGAGUUCAUGCCCUUUGAACCUUCCUUCCUGGUUACUGUCAUCUGUGGGUACUCUGAUCUCUGCCCUAUGACCCUCACCUGCCCCAACAAACCCCAGCAGCACCUCUUAGGGACAUGCUGA